ACUGAGGCCCCUCUUCUACAGGCAUCAAUGGCAUGUCUCAGACACUGACCAGGGCCCAGUCUCCCAUGGCCCACACUGGGCUUCUGAGGCCUAGGAGUCCCCUCUUCAUUCCUGCCCAUCCAUUUUAUACCCAGGUUCCUCUCACAAGCUAUGUUCCUGAUAGAUGCUGGGAAUAGCAAUACCUCUGGACCAGUGGGAAGGGGGAGGUGGAAGGGUGUGGUCAGGGGGCAGCAGUGUUGGCCUCCUCACACAGCAGGCAGGCAGCCCCAGGAGCAGGGACAGAGGCUCCAGACACAUUGCCUGCCAAGGUCCAGGCAGACCGGCCUUGGGAAGGGCCUUCCAUGAGGGAGCAUAGGGUGUAGGGGAACCAGACAGGGGAACCUAAAGCUGACCACCACACCACUGUUCCAGAGAAGAGCUACCCUCACAUAGCGCAGGUGGAACCCUUCUGUCUGUCUUCUCCCUCUAGGGCCCAAAGAUGACUUCUGGGGCCCCGCAGGGCCUGUGACUCCAGAGGUGGUUGACAGAGGCAGGAGUCUGUACCGAGUUUGCUUCCCUGUGGCUGGCUCCUACCAUUGGCCCAACACGGGUCUCCACUUUGUGGUGAGGAGGCCAGUGACCAUUGAGAUUGAAUUCUGUGCCUGGAAAGAGUUCAUGAGCCGGAUUGUCCCACAGCACAGCUGGAUGGUGGCAGGGCCUCUGCUUGACAUCAAGGCCGAACCAGGAGCCGUGGCAGCUGUGUACCUCCCUCACUUUGUAGAUCUCCAAGGAAAAAAUAUGGACAUGUCCUGGUUCCAAGUGGCCCACAUGAAACAGGAGGGGAUAGUCCUGGAGAAGCCAGCCAGGGUGGAGCCCCACUACGCAGUCCUGGAGAACCCCAGCUUCUCCCCCAUCGGAGUUCUACUGAGAAUUAUCCACGCUGUCCUGCCCAUUCCCAUCACCUCCAAUGUGCUGCUCUACCAUCACCUCCGGCAUGAGGAAGUGACCUUCCACCUCUACCUGAUUCCCAAUGACUGCUCCAUUCGCAAGGUGGCACCAAACCAGAAAGGCCAGGCCAGAGUGGGCUGACAGAGACAUGACAGGCACCCACACAGCCCCCUAGAUGGGUCAGCUGGGCAUAAGGAUUAACCUCUUAAGAGCAGGAAAAUUUAAAGAGAUGAGUAA